AUGGCGACCCCACCCACGAUCAACCAGGCUACCAACCCCGGCGGCUCGAACGCAGCCGACAUUGACCCUCCGAUGCCUCCCGCGGCGUGGGUCAACUUCGUCGGAGGGGGCGCGAGCGGGGCAGUGCCCAACUUGGUGGACCCAGCGACGGGGCUACCCAUCUCCAACAUCCCUCAGCCCCCAACCCAACUCGCUUUCCUGGGAGGAAGCAACAUUGGUGCCAUCGCUCCCAAUGCGAAGCCCGUGAAGGCCAGACCAGCGCCGACGCCGGUGCCGGGCAUCCAGCAGUCGCUCCAGGCGGCGAACGAUCCGGGCUACAACGCGUACAGCACCCUCAACCCAUUCGUGCAGGGCGGAGGCAUCUCCACUAUGGCGGCGGGACGGCUGCUGCACGAGUCGGUCGCUCUCUCCCCCGUCCUCGCCUUCUUCAGCAACGCCUUGAGCUGA